AUGUUUGUAAUGAUAGUAGAAAUGGUGCUGACAGCAGUUUCCUAUGGGCUUCACAUUUAUUUCACAAUUCUUCUUCUAUUCGUGGGAGUUUUGACGUUAAUUCUGUAUCGAAUGCUUCGUUUUCCUCGCCCAACACCUUACACAGUGAAAUGCUUUCUUAAAAGAGGAGUUUUGACAAGACAUUCUCCAAUAAUUAUCGGUCAUCGAGGAGGUGGAUUAGAAGCUCCAGAAAACACGAUCGCCGCGUUUAAAUUAGCUAAAGAAAAUGGAGCAACAGGAGUUGAAUUCGAUUUAGACUUUACUAAAGAUGGCAUUCCUGUAAUAAUUCAUGACUCAACCGUGGAUCGGACAACAGAUGGGACGGGAAAAGUUUCUGACUUCUCUUACGACCAGAUCAGACGGCUGGACGCAUCUGCUAAGCAUCCUCUUAGGUAAACGCAUCGUCUAUAGCUAUUAAGCUUAAUCCAAUUUAAAUUGAUUUAAAAUGGAUUUGGGAUCCAUUUUGUGUUUCAUUCUUGUAUCCAGAAAUGGAAAGGGUUUCGCAUUCUUCAGCCAUUCUACAUUCUAAUUAUUGGUGCUAUGUUGCGUGAGGCCGGCACUGUAUUGUUGCCGCAUCGGAAGUGGGUGGGGUAUGGGUAGCCUGCACAGCCGUUUCUCCCCGCUCCUUGCCGCUGGGGGUGUUUCGCGAGAAGGAACGUCUGCGACUUAGAAACAGAAAUUCUAUACUGACAGGGCUCAAAAUAAUUUCUGGAGAAGUCUACGGACUUGAUGAACGGCCAAAUACACUUUAGCUCGGUCACGUGUCGUUUCUGGCAGGUCAAAUUUCUAAGACAAAUAACUCAAAGCAAGGGCCCAUGAACCAAAACUGCCGUUUAUAUAUUCAGGGUACAAAGAAAGUCAUUUUUACAGCUUGCCAUUUGGGCAAGCUGAAGCUAGCAUAUACUAACCCAAACAUCAUUUCAACUAGCCCCAAAAACUUUAUGAUGAGCAGAACUGAUUUCACAGUUCUUCUGUAAGUUGAAUUCCUCAAAAAACGUCAGUUGCCCAUUGGGCAAGUUAAGAGCAGAAUUCACUUGCGCAAUAGCAAAAUCCAGUAGCCCGGGGUUAUUGGACACUACUUUCUUUGCAUGCUGUAUAUUUCUUAAGUCAAAAGAGGGCUUCAUGAGGUCACAGAGCCUAGAAAUUCACCCGCUGGGUGAAACUAGAAACUUGAGCCGAAAAAAACGGAUGCUCUCGCAGGCUACGCAAUACACAGCGACUCAUUACAAACAAUUUUAAUUUAUUUCAUUUUCAAUACGAUCGCAAGGUUGACCGGUCAACUCCGCAAUCAGUGUAGACAUUGUCCAUUGAUCAGCCGUUAUUUCAAGCCCUGCAUACUGAUGAUGUAAAUCAAUCUUUACGCAAUAAAUCCUGUAGUCAUGGGGUUCAAAAUGCAAAUUUGUUCGAUUUUACAUUUCUCCUGGUCGAUUUUGGUAAGGUGUUGUGUUCAUCUGCAAACGAGCUCCAGCAAAACUCAAAUGCUUCUUCUAGAGCAGAAUAUAUUCCAGACAUAUUGACUGUUUUGUUAUAGAUUCAUCACGUUUACAUUUGACCUUUGCAGCCUUUUGUAUUUUGUCUGUCAUUUGUAAACAGUAGCUACAACAACGUAUCUACUCCGUUGACCAAUCAGUGCUUUUGACCGGAUUCCAGACAGAUUUUAUGUCAUCAGUAUGGGAUUUCUGUUGCUGAAUCGCAGAUGUUCCUCCUUGGUGAGGAGUGAGGAGAAACAGCUGCUUUCGCAUGCUAGGUGAUGAACUGUUUCAUUUGACCGACCAGCUUCUACUUUCUACUGAUAAAAGUUGAUUGUUGAACUUUUCAAAGCAAAAUACCUGCCACGCACAGAGAAUGUCUGCACUUUAGUAAGAGUUGGUACUUAGGAGUGAAACUGUAAGUGUAGUUGUGACUGUUGUUUACAGGUGGCCUUGAACACUGGGAUCCAUGGUGGGUGUGCGUUAGGCAGAUUUAGCGAAGACAAAGCGACAACAGCAUGCACAGAUCUUAUUGGACAUCGCAAUAUCUCUGCUAAAUUUUCUAGUCUUCUGUAGCAAAACAAUAGUCUCAUAUCCAGAUCUCUAGAUCUCUUGCUGACAAAGCCAAAGGCAAGAUCUAGCCAAAUCCGAUUUGUGCAUGAGAUUGCCAUUCAGGAGUGUGGUAGGCAAUGAAAGAGGGCAUGCUUGAAAGAACUCCUGAAAAUAUGCCCUUGGACAGUUUUUUGAACAUGUGACUGGGACCAGUUUGCAAAAAAUCCGUCAACACAGCUAAAAAGAACGUCUUUGAGUUAGUCAAGAUGCCAAGUUUGAACCUUAUUUGUUGAAAACUAACAAAGACCUAUAUAGCUCCACAAAAUCGCAAAAUUUUACAGCAUUUGUAUACAUGCCUCGGUCUACCAUACAGAGGUCUGUAUUAAAAUUUUGUUACUUUCUAGAGCAAUAUUUUCUGUCACUUUUAAUCAUUAAACUUGGUAAGUUUCCUUAUGUUAAAGUGCUCUCUCCAGAGACAUGACUUAGCUAACCUUUCUUUGCACAGUCAACAUGGCCAGCAACAGUCACAAAUUUAUAUUGAGCCCUGCAUUAACUGAAUAUAUUAACUUGUUGACAAUGGUGAGGAAAAGUGAGCCCUUUUCUAGGAUGGGGGUGGGGGGAGGACGGUACUUAAUACAAUUUUUACCCUUUUAUAUACCAUUUUUUUAUUGGAAAGGUACCCCUUUCAUAUACCUUCUAUUGGCAAAAUUAAUGACACCCCUUUCACAUACCUAGUUUAGAACUUUGCAUCCCUUUUAACUUCUGUAAAUGCACUGUAUAAUAUAUGGAUAAAUCACAAAAACAGAACAUUUUCUUACUUUUUCACAGCCAUAGAAUGCAUCUGGUAGCCCUUUCGGUCCUUUUUACCGACCAUAACGACGAAUUUUCUUACCCUUUCAUAUAUAGUUCAGCAAGUGAAAUCCCUACCCUUUCAUGUAGUAAUAUCCUGAAGCCUGAAAAAGGUACCCUUUUUGGGCGGAAGCUCCCCAUUUUGGCUAUUAUAGGGAAUUCCCCCUGGGAGCACUUAUGUUCAUGUGCUCAAAAGUGUUCAUAAAAUUAAUGUUCUCUUAACAGUCCGGGUCUCUAAACUUCAAAAGGGACUUUUGAAUUUUUUAUUUUAUAUGUACAAUUCAAUGCCCUUUUCAAUAUUUCACUCAGGGACAAGUUUCCCAAUCAACGUAUCCCACAUCUUCAAGAAGUGAUUGAUCUCUGUAUUGGCCUUGGUUUACAAAUGUACAUUGAUGUCAAAGCUGCAAAACAAGCUAGUAAAGUAAGUAAUAAUAUUUAUUAUUUGACUGAGGUGUUUAAAAAAGAUUCCUACAGGCUGUCACCUUCUCUGAUCUCUUCCCGACAUUUUUCAGUCUUGGCUCCCCUUUUCACCACAUGCCUGCUAUUUUCACUCAUAUGUGUUAUAGGUCAAAAUUUCAUUUAGGUUAAAAAUUUUUAACCUAGGUUGAUUCUCAAUCUCCUCUUAGUCUCCUAUCCCUUAUUCGUGGACUAGGAAACAAAGGAGAUUGAGAAUUAACCCAGGUCAAAAAAUAUUUACCUGAAUUUAAUUUUGACAUGUAUUAUGCACCAAGAGCCUGGCACAGGCUAUUUUUUGAUCAGAAACAUCAAGACUGCUCGCAGAGCAAAAUGUGGCAGGUAAAGAUUGAUUCUCCUGGAAAGGAAAUGCUGCUCAAAUGAAAACAGUCUUUUUUUACCCCAGUUUUUCAAACCUUCCAGUAACUCAAUCCAGUUAUCUUUUCCCAACCAGUUUGGAAAGAUUCCAUAUUAUCAUGCUAAAAUAUAAUGCACCUAUCAAUGUAAUGCCGGGGGGGGGGGGGGAGGCAGGGCAUAGGGUGGGGAUUUGACUUUUUUCAAAAAUUUGCAAUCAAAUUCCCUGCCCAGGGGCAAAUCAUUCCAGUCAAAUCCAACCAAAUUUCCCCACCUCAGGCUGCACAUUGUUGUCAAUCCGAAGGCAGAACCUAAGAAAGAUACAAUAAAAAUAUCUCCAAAUAAAACUCUGCAAUCUUCUAUAAACGUUGCUGCAUCACCAAAGAUACAUGUCCCUGUUACAGCUGCAAUUAUACGUUUUAACCAUAAUUCGUGUUACACUGCGUAGAAUACAUAAACCUUUAGAAGAAAGUCCACAUUUUGUAAGUCUAAAUUUACCGUUCUUAGUAAAGGGUACAAAAAGAAAGUCAGUUUUAUAAGUUUACAGUGAUUGUAGCAAAUGAGCCAUACACUAAUCAAUUGUACUUGCAAAAAUCGACUUGGUUUCUCUUUACUUCCGUUUACUUUGAUACCACUGUAUAUUAAGAGGUUCAAUUAUUGAUCAAAAAUAGGCUAAAACAAACAAAAUUUGAAGAUAAAACAGUAAAAUCCACUCAGCCUUCGCUUGUUCUCAUUGGCCUCCAUGACUUCCUGAUCUUUUCAAACCGUAUGGCGCACGUGUGAGGCGUGGAAGCGGGAAACAUAUGUUCGGUCUCAGUCUUUUUCGUCCAACUCGGCAGUCAAAUAUCUCCACGUCGGGCGAAGAAAGAUUCAAAUAUCCCUUCCCCCGGGACAACAAGAUCAGUCAAAUGCCCUACCCAGGGACAACAAAGACAAUCAAAUCCCCACCCCAUGCCCUGCCUUCCCCCCCCCGCCGGCAUUACAUUGAUAGGUGCAUAAUAGCUUUUUCUUUGUUUUUGCCAGAUAAAGAUUGAUGACAGAUUUGCUGAAAUAAGGCUUUUGCAAUUAUUUUGAUCAUGUUUAAUCAAAAUAGAAUAAUUACCACUAUAGUUACUGAUAAGUGUUCUCUUUUUAACUGAGCCAGGCUGCAAGUGUGCUAAAAAAUGUAUUUGCCAGUCAUCAGUUGUAUGAUAAAGCCAUGGUGUGUUCGUUCUACCCCAAUGUAAUUUUCCAGGUAAGAAAUUCAUUUAUGUAAUGUAAACUCAACAUUUUUUUAAAUAAAACUCUGAGAUUUCAACAACCCAUUAUUGUUUUCUUUAAAUGGGUAAAAGGUGAUAAAAUAAAAGCAUGAAAAGAAAAAAAUGUGGGGCAAAAUACAAAUAAUUAUGAAAAAUAUUUCCAAGAGAAGUAAAAAGUUGAAAAUAAAUAUUGCCAUUUCUUUAUGUCUUUACUUAUUUACAUAUUUUAUAUUUAUUUGCAUUAUUUGUAUUAUUAUUUUAGUUAUGUCUUUUUCCUCAUAUUUUUAAAUCUACUUUAUAUAAUAUUUAAAAUAUCUGAAAAUGUGUCAUUACAUGUAUGCUGCGUCCCCACACUGCCUUCCUCAAAUAGCUUUUGCUAAAAUGUAGGUAGUGUUUUUUUUUAUGUUGUGGUUCAAAUUUUUCCUUGGUUUAAAAUUUUUCAAACCAGUUUAAUUUUUACUUUCCUUUGUCUAAAAUCAAUUACCAUAAUCAGAGACAAAGAAAAACAAAAAUUAAACUGGUUUGAAAAAUUUUAAACCAAGGAAAAAUUUAAACCACAACAUAAUAUAAUACAUAUUAUGUAUUUCUUUGCUGUUAAUGAUGUUGUUGCUGUUGUUGUUGUGUGCAAGGAGAUUGUCUUGUCCCUCAAGUGGUUGCCUUGACAGGAUAUUGAUGUUUUUCUAUCUUGUACUUUAUGUCAAGAGUGUUUCUUGUUCUCCUAGAAAAAAAUUCAUUACCUAAUUUUCUUCUUUACCAACAGAUUCGAAGAGCUGAUCCAAACAUUCUCACUGCCCUCACAUGGCGUAAGAACUUUAUAUCCAACACAGACUAUGAUGGCCCGUCGAGAUACAAAGAUUGGUGGAAGCAAGUUUUCGCUCCAUGGUUAGACAGAAUAUGGGAAUUACACCUCCAUUCAUGGGUUUAUGAUUUUCUAGGAGUGGGUGUAUUUCUCUCACACACAGCCCAUCUUUCCAGGUAUUGACAGUGUAGUCUGUUUUGCCCUACAUAGCAAGUGUUUCCAGUUGAGUUAUUAUGAGUUAUAAUCAUGCUUGUCUGCAAACAUCACAAGUCUGGAAAACACUCCAUGAUAUUUCAUGGUUCGGUGUACCCCCCCGCCUUCAUACCUCUUUUUGUGUUGCUGUUGUCCCAACUUUCUCAAUAAACUCGCAGGAAAAUGCUUGCUAUGUAGGCUAGCUCUGUGUCCAAGCCUUCGACAGGUCACAGUAGCCUUAAAUAGGUUUCUGAAGGUGUUAAUUGCAACAAGUGUACAAAGUCACUCGGUCAAGGCCAUUCCUCCCCCCUGGUGGUGACUUUGCAGAUUUGUCACAAAUUAUUAAUUUAGGGCUACUGACACCUGUGAUGUUUUUAGUUUUGAUAAAGAUGGCUGUCAGUCAUUGAAACUGUCAGCAUCAUCAGGAUUUUUCUGUCGGGCUAUGCUUUAAGAACAUUUGAAUAGGUUAUUGAACUUACUAGCCUAAUGAAUUUCUUUGAGAGUAGAAUAAGAGGGACUGAUGUUGUUUGUCACAAUGAAGUAUUUCAACAGGAUUAGCUCAGUCAGAAGAGUUUUUGACCGCGAAAGUGGCAGGUAGCAGGUUUUGAUUCCCAGGGCUGGUCCAGUACUCAGGGUCUUAAAGAAAUGACGUUUCCGCAUUUGCCUUCCAAACAGCUAGAACUUUGCAGGGCUCAAAUGACCACACAAAAUGGCAGUCCUGUCUCCAGUUGGAAAUGUGGAAAUGGUGUCUUAAAUUUUUAGUAAUUCCAUGCUAAAUACACUUUGACACUCAAAUGAAGUGCAUUUUUGGCAUAUUAAAUAACAGGCAGUUUUGGAAAAAAGAGCAUCUUGCAACCCAUGGCGACUUACUGACUGACCAGCUUCGUCACCAUGGACACCUUACUUAUUGUAUAAGACCAGAAACUCAUAAGGGGUUGAACAACCCCUUAUGAGUUUCUGAUAAGACUUAGAGCUGGGCACCAUAUUCAUUUGUUGAAAGAAUUUGAUCUCCUUAUAAAUUUCUUAUAUUAAACCCGUUGAAAAGUUAAAAUAUUAAGAUUUCCGCCUUUGCUCAUAGUCUCUUUGUUCUUUACUUUUAGGGAAUAUGUAAAGGAAUGGCGAGACAAGGGAAUUAGUAUUGUUUUAUGGACAGUUAACAGCCCAGUUGAAAAAAGAUACUUCACUGAAGUGCUCAAGUGUCCAAUUAUGACAGACUCUGUGAAAUGGGAUUUGGAGCAGACUGCAGCAUAAGGGCCCUGAUAUAUUUUUAUGUUACCAUUUCUAUCUCUUCUUUCUCUAAUUGUUGUUAUUGUUGUUUUUUAAAAAAUCUAAAUUAAGUCAUUGCCUAGUGUUGCUAGUUGCAGGAAUUUAAUUCUAGUUCAUGAGCUUUUGUUCCUUCUGGGUUAUAGGAGUGAUUUUUUUGUAUGUAUGUUAGGGCGUUUUUGUGUGCUAAAACAUAAUUCUUAUAUUAUGUGAGAGUUUUAGAAUUGCGUUAAGGUCGAACUAAAUGUCGUGAAGACAUUAAUGAUAUCAACAAGGUUACUCUUUUAAGGGUGCCAUUAUUUUGCCCUGUAUGGGCUUACCAAUUUCUUUUAGACCUAUUUUUUGCUUGAAUGAUUGAAGUAUAUGACUGUAUGAGAUUUCAUUUUCCUCCUUUUGCGAUGUCGGGAAUUUCAUUUGUGAGCAGAGGAACGUUUGUGGUGUUAGGUGGACGUUUUGACAGUUAAAAAUUUAAUAUAUUGAUACACAUGUAUUAAAACUACAAUGUCUUAUCAGGAUUAUUUAAAUAAUGUGCAAUCUACGAACGACUGUGUUUUAUCAAGGUCAAAAAUUCGAGCGCGAUUAGCGCCAGAAUUUUUAGAAUGAUAAAACACUUGUUGUGAGUGUUUUAAACAGUUUCCAAAACUCUCUUCGAAGUGUUUUAUUUCUAUGGUAUUGCUAAAUCGUGGAUGAUUGCCUUCCCCGUAAUAGAUGCAGUAAGUUAUUGUAAUAAACAAAGAAAAACUUACACUGGGCAC